AUGAAUUUCAGUACACCUAACAAUAAACCAAACCAACCUUUUGGUGGUUUCGGUAACAAUACUCAAAAUACAGGUACUACCCAAGGUGGAUUUGGAUUUGGAGGCACUCAGAAUAAUAACAAUACUAAUACUAAUACUCAGUCUGGUUUUGGCUUCGGUAAUAAUAGUAAUAACAACAACAAUAAUACUUCUAGUGCUUUUGGUGGUUCGACAAAUAACAAUAAUGGCAGUGCCUUUGGUGCUAAUGCAAAUAAUAACAUGGGCAGCACAUUUGGUAACACCACUGGAAGUAAUGCUAAUAGUACCUUUGGUGCAAACACGAAUAACAGUGGUAACAACACAUUUGGUUUGCCUCCGAACAACAAUGCGGGCAGUGCUUUUGGUAAUACAGCUCCUAAAUCAGGAAGUCUCUUUGGAGGAGCCAGUAACAAUAGCGGUGGCGCUUUCGGAAACACACCAAGCAGUUCGACUGGAAAUGCAUUUGGUUCAACCAGUUCUACAAAUGCCAAUGUACCAAAGCCAGCCUUUGGUGGCUUUGGCAAUGCUUCUACCAAUGCUACAGCACCAACAUUUGGUGGAUUUGGUAGCAACGCAAAUGCUCCUCCUGUCACAAAUCAACCGUCAUUUGGUGCGGCCCCAACUAAUUCUACCGCUGCUGGGUUAGGUGCCCCAAAAAAUCCAGCAUUCGGUGGUCUUCAGACUACAGCUACCAACACAAGCACCUCGAAUGCUCCAUUUGGAUCAGCUGCCACAAACAGCGUAGCCCCAACUUCAGGUGCUCAAGCUAAGCCAAUGUUUGGUGGAUUCGGUGCUGCUCCACCAAAUCCAACUUCAGCAACCACCGGUACAGCUGCUGUUAAAGCUAGUUUUGGUGGAUUUGGUUCUGUUACUAACAGUGCAUCUGCUUCAACUACAUCUUCAAAUGGUUCUGCUAGUGCUGGCGCUGCCAAGCCGGCCUUCGGUGGGUUUGGUGCUUCACAACCUAGUGCAACUAGCGUAAAACCAGUAUUUGGAAGCGCAGCACCAGCUGCUUCAAAUAAUGGAACAACUACUGCGACUACUAGUAGUUCAAACCCUGGAUUUGGUGGAUUUGGUGCUAAAACAACAGAUUCAACAUCUACUGCUGCCCCAUCUAGUUUUUUGUUUGGUGGGUCUACUACUUCUGUAACCAAAGAUCCUACUUCCAGUGAUACAUCCAAACCUACAUUUUCCUUGAACCCUACUAACACAGCAACUAGUACUGAAGAGAAGAAGGAGGGAACCGCCAAGCCAUCAUUCAAUCUAACUGCUAAUAAAGAUAGUGGCACAGAAAUUGGUAACGCAACCACAUUCUCAUUUGGUGGAAGUGCAACUGCAGGUAAUACGGACUCAUCAAAACCAACCUUAAACUUCGGUGCUAGUGCGCCAGCUUCUGGCACUACAGUAAAACCAUCUGGACUUUCCUUUGGAUCUAAUACUAGUAAACCUGAAGAGACGAAGGAUGAUACAAGCGCUACGAAACCGGCGUUUGCGUUUGGGAGUUCUUUUUCGGGAGCUAAACCAGAAGAGAAAAAGGAUGAUGUAACUGCUUCUAAAUCAGCAUUUUCAUUUGGUGGUUCCGCUAGUAGCACUUCUACUUCAAAGCCUACCGAAGCAACUAAGCCAGCAUUCGCAUUUGGAGGAUCCAAACUUGGCGCCACAGAAAUAAAGAAGGAUGAGACUACAACUACAAGUGCUAGUAAACCAGCCUUUUCUUUCGGUGGCGAUAAAACUGCGGCGAAGGGGGAUGAAUCUAAAACCGAUGCAUCUUUAAAGCCAAGUGGAUUCUCGUUUGGUGGAGCCACUACCAAACCAAGUGAGAAAAAGGAAGAUGCUGCGAAACCUACUGCAGGUGCUGGCCUAGGUUCGUUCAGUUUUGGCUCCAAAAAAACUGACGCUGAGAAGCCAGCCGAGAAAUCACUCGCAACUGAUACUAAACCAUCUACUGGUAGUGGAUUUUCAUUUGGUGGCAAGAAGGAUGAAAACCCAUCUACCACUUCAACUGGUACUACAACAGCAGAUGUGAAACCUCCAACCACUGCUGCUACCUCAACUCUGACCAAAAAGAAUGUGGAAUUGAAGCCAAUUUCGUUGGAUAAUAAAACAUUAGAUGAUCUCGUUACCAGAUGGACCAAUCAACUAACAAGUUCUGCUAUUCAUUUUGAUAAAUACACCAAGAAAGUCAAUGAAUGGGAUCAAGUUCUAGUGAAAAGUGGGGAAGACAUUAACAAAUUAUACAAUGAUACAUUAGUUGCCGAACAAACACAAAAUAGAAUCGACCAAUCAUUGCAAUAUAUUGAAAGACAACAAACCGAAUUGGAAAACUUUUUGGAUAACUACGAAUCAAAGACAGACUCAUUGCUUGUAGAUAUAUUGAACACAAAUAAUGGCAGCAGUGCGAACAAUAAUGAUCAAAAGAGACAACAAGCUUAUGAAACUGCUGAAAAGUUAGAUGAAAACUUAAACGGUUUAUCAGUGAACUUAUCAUCUCUAAUAAGUGAAAUCAACGAGAUAAGUAAUACAUUCAACAAAGUUACUAGCAUAAAUUUGAACAAUCAAGAUGAGAAUGCACAAAUAGUUCAAUUAUUGAACACGCAUUUGGAUGCGCUUAAGUCUUUGGACAACAAUUCAUCUGCUCUUGAACAAAAAAUCGGAGGUGCUGAGACUAGAAAGUUAUAA